AUGGCCAAAUCCGACGUACAUUCUCCCAGCCCUUUCCCCACCAUCGAGCAAUGUUCUUCCAUCGGGCGUGAGAACGACACGGUGGUCGCCGACAUGGACGGAACCUUGCUCCGGGGGAACAGCUCCUUCCCUUACUUCGCACUCGUAGCCUUUGAAGUUGGCGGCAUUCUGAGGCUUCUUUUCUUGCUCCUGGCCUCUCCGGUCGCCGGACUUCUCUACUACUUCAUCUCGGAGUCCGCCGGCAUUCGAGUUCUCAUCUUUUCGACCUUCGUGGGGAUGAAGGUAUCGGAUAUCGAAUCGGUGGCGCGAGCCGUUUUGCCGAAAUUCUAUGCCGGCGACUUGCACCCGGAAACGUGGCGAGUGUUCUCGUCGUGCGGGAAGAGGUGUGUGCUUUCGGCGAAUCCUAGGAUUAUGGUGGAGGCGUUCUUGAAGGAUUACUUGGGCGCAGAUAUGGUGUUGGGAACCGAGAUAGGUAGCUAUAGAGGAAGAGCCACCGGGCUUGUGCUCAGUCCCGGGAUUCUGGUCGGCCGGAACAAGGCUCAGGCUCUCCGGAAGGCCUUCGCCGAUGCCUCACCCCCGGAUGUGGGUAUCGGUGAUCGGAGGACAGAUUUCCCGUUCAUGAAGCUCUGCAAGGAGGGUUACGUGGUUCCAUCAAAGCCAGAGGUGGAAGCUGUGAGCCACGACAAGUUGCCGAAGCCCAUCGUCUUCCACGACGGUCGCCUCGUCCAGAAACCAGGCCCUCUCAUGGCGCUCCUCACCAUCCUCUGGAUCCCAGCCGGCUUUGUCCUUGCCUGUCUGCGCAUCGCCGCCGGCGCCCUCCUCCCGAUGCCGCUCGUUUACUACGCCUUCUGGGCCCUUGGCGUCCGCGUCUACAUCAAAGGAACCCCGCCUCCUCCGGCCAAGAAAUCCACCGGCCAAACCGGCGUCCUCUUCGUCUGCUCCCACCGCACCCUGCUCGACCCAAUCUUUCUCUCCACGGCCCUCGGCCGUCCCAUCCCCGCCGUCACGUACUCCCUCUCCCGCCUCUCCGAGAUCAUCUCCCCCAUCAAGACCGUCCGUCUCAGCCGCGACCGCCUCACCGACGCCAACAUGAUCAAGAAGCUUUUACAAGAAGGGGAUCUGGUCAUAUGCCCCGAAGGGACAACUUGCAGGGAACCAUUUUUGCUGAGAUUUUCGGCUUUGUUCGCCGAGCUGACCGACGACCUGGUGCCGGUGGCGAUGUCGAACCGGAUGAGCAUGUUUCACGGCACGACGGCGAGAGGGUGGAAAGGGAUGGAUCCGUUCUACUUCUUCAUGAACCCUAGUCCGGCGUAUGAAGUGACGUUCCUGAACAAGUUGCCCCCGGAGCUGACUUGCGGUGCCGGAAAAUCGAGCCACGAAGUUGCGAAUUAUAUACAGAGGACGAUUGCGGCGACUCUGUCUUACGAGUGCACCACGUUCACCAGGAAGGACAAGUACAGGGCCUUGGCAGGAAACGAUGGCACCGUCGUGGAAAAACCUAGGCUCGCCGCUAACAAAGUUAUGGGCUGCUAAUUAAACACUGCCAAUAACGUUUGUCAACUUUGCCAUAUAU